CAGUGAGGUUAUGUCAUGUUUAUAGGAGAAAAAAACUACUCCACCCAAAUUAUUUAUUCACAACCCCCUCCUCCUCCAGCUCCACACCCUCUGACCACAGCUCAUCCCUGCCCUGAGCCCAGUGUUAGUGCUGCACACAGCGUUGCCAGGCAUCCCUGGAAGAGGAGGUGCAUUCAACUCCAAGAGAAGUUUGCCUCUGCGUAGUGUGUGUGUCUGUGUGUGUGUGUGUGUGUGUGCUCCUUCAGCAAGCAGAGUAAGGAUCCACGCCAGAUUUGGAGCUCAUCUGAAAUACAUUAAACCCUGGAGAAGAACGAUUCCUCUGUAGUCUCGCUGCCCUGACGCUCUGCUGAGGGCUCCCAUUUGCUGUCAGAGCUACACCCAUACAAGUAGCUGCAGCUCCUCCAGCAGACUUCACUGUUUUUGUGUCCUCAAGUCAAAAUAUUUUUCCACACUCCAGAGGGCAAGAGAGAGGGAGAGUGGAAGAAGUCUGAGCUUUCUCCAUAAGAACUUGGAAAUAUAAAUUGUCAGGGGAAGAUCCAGACUUCCAACGAAACCUAUCGCUCCUCUUGGCGUGUGCAGAGGAGGCUUCAAGGCCGAGGGAGCAGCAGUCGCGUAAAUACAGGAAACACCUGAAGAUUUUCCAGGGCUCAGCCAAAGGAAGUACAGCUCUGAACAGCAGUCGCAACUCUGUCAGUGAUUAUUGUAAGAGCAUCACAAUCUUAUUAGUCGAUUCAGCAUGUCACGCUGGGGGCGAAAAAAUGUGAAGAAAGCGCCGGAGGUGAUCCGCACUGUGACAGAAGGGCUCAAGUCCCUGUAUCGUAAGAAGCUGCUGCCUCUGGAGCAGUACUAUGGCUUCCAUGACUUCCACUCCCCCAGUCUGGAGGAUGCAGAUUUCGAUAACAAGCCCAUGGUGCUGGUAGUGGGUCAGUACUCCACAGGAAAGACGACAUUCAUCAAGUAUCUACUGGAGCAGGAUAUCCCCGGGAGCAGGAUCGGACCCGAGCCCACCACCGACUGCUUCACCGCCAUCAUGCAUGGUGAGGUGGAGGGGGUCAUCCCGGGGAACGCCCUCAUUGUGGACCCCAACAAACCUUUCCGUAAACUCAACCCGUUCGGAAACACCUUCCUCAACAGGUUCCAGUGCGCCCAGAUGCCCAACCAGGUCCUGGAGAGCAUCAGCAUCAUUGACUCCCCGGGGAUCCUGUCCGGGGCCAAGCAGAGAGUGAGCCGAGGUAUGGGAAGCAGAAAAGGUUAUGACUUCCCAGCCGUGCUGCGCUGGUUUGCGGAACGCGUGGACCGCAUCAUCCUGCUCUUUGAUGCCCACAAGCUGGAGAUCUCAGACGAGUUCGCCGAGGCCAUCGGCGCCCUGAAGGGCAACGAGGACAAGCUGCGUGUGGUGCUCAACAAGGCGGACAUGGUGGGCACCCAGCAGCUGAUGCGGGUGUACGGUGCUCUCAUGUGGUCCCUGGGGAAGGUGUUUAACACCCCCGAGGUCCUGCGCGUCUACAUCGGCUCCUUCUGGUCAGAGCCCCUGAUGGUCACAGACAACCGUAAGCUGUUUGAGCUGGAGGAGGAGGAUCUGUUCGCUGACAUCCAAAACCUUCCUCGUAACGCGGCUCUACGCAAGCUCAACGACCUGGUCAAGAGGGCACGUCUGGUUCGGGUCCAUGCCCACAUCAUCAGCUACCUGAAGCAGGAGAUGCCCUCUGUCUUCAGAAAAGACAAUAAAAAGAAGAAUCUGAUCUACCAGCUGCCAGUUAUUUUCUCCAAGAUCCAGCUGCAGCACAACAUUUCUGCUGGAGACUUCCCAGACUGUACUAAGAUGCAGGAGCAACUGAUGGUUCACGACUUCACCAAAUUCAAAACCUUGAAGCCCAAUCUGAUGGCCGCCUUGGACGAGCUGCUCGCCUCCGACAUCGCCACACUGAUGCCCCUCCUGCGGCAGGAGGAGCUGGAGGCAUGUGAGCAUCUAGGCGUGCAGGGUGGAGCCUUCAUGGGGACCCGCGUGGGCCCAUUCAACGAGGGCGACCCCUUCGCCGAGGAGAACGGAGAGGGGUGCGAGGGGGAGGAGGAGGAUUGGGUGGUCACCAAAGACAAGCCCAAGUACGAUGAAAUCUUCUAUAACCUUGCUCCUAACGAGGGGAAACUGAGCGGCCCCAAGGCGAAGGACUGGAUGGUGAGCUCCCGCCUGCCCAACUCGGUGCUGGGACGCAUCUGGAAGCUGUCGGACGUGGACCACGAUGGGAUGCUGGAUGAUGAAGAGUUUGCCCUGGCGAGCCACCUGAUCGAGGUCAAGCUGGAGGGCCACGGUCUUCCCCCCGAGCUCCCCAACCGCCUGAUCCCCCCCUCCAAACGCAGGCAGAAGGGCUCUGAUGCAUAGACACAAGCCCCUGAAAGAGACUAUCCUCUACUGGACGUCACAUUUCUGCAACUGUUCCUAUUCGCUCUUGUUUUUCCCCUCCAGACCAAUGUCCAAAUAGUGUAUGUGACAUGUUCACCUUUUCCUCUGAGACUGAUUUUGUCUUGUACUAUGAAACAAACUGUAUUUAAAGUGUAAGGCUUGCAUUUGGUUUACUGCAACAACAAAAAAAUAAUUGUGUAUUUGGACAUCACACGGGUCUGGUUGCUUCUUCCUCUUGGCUCUGGCAAUUUUGCUUCUUAUUAUGAACUUUAAAAAAAAAGAUAUAUCCACUUGUGUUGCUGAGCAGAAGCAGAUAAGGGCAGGCGCCCUCUAAGCGAGCAGUAUUCAACAUGUAUUUCACAGCAAAACUGCAUCCGAACCUUUUGAAUCGAACGUUCCUGCAGUAAUUGGUCUGGAGUGGCACAGUCUUGUCUCAGCGAUGAUUUGCAGGACUGGGCCACUUUCAGAUCGGCUCAUUCCACUGACGUUUUAAUCUAAAAAUGUAUUUACGAAGACUAAUUCCAAUCACAAGACUUGUUGUUUAUUCUUAUUUUCGACUCAAACUGGCAGCACACGUCUAAUAACCUGAACGCAUUUCACUUUGACGCUUUACACGCCACAGUUUUCUGCUGACUUUAUAUCUUAUUUUUUUUGUAAUUGUUGCUGUUUUGUUUGUGCAGACCUCAGUUAAAGAACACGAUGUGCUGAGAUUACAUGCUGAAUGACUGAUAUAUCACUGACUACUGUACACAGCUCCACCAAAUGUUAACUUUUAUUGUAACCAAAUAAAAAUUCUCUGACUGUG